AUGCCUUCAUAUUACAUUGUUUACACCUUGUUCCAGCAAAUUGUUUUUGCUAUUCCAGCGCAAACUUUUGUUCACCGGACUGAGGAAAAAAACGUCCUCCUCACGCUUAUGGAUCUUGCUCGAAUCGCCAGCCGAUUCGGUCUCUGCGAUCUGCCAGAACUGGUAAAAAUGGAACGAGAAAUUGAAGCCCUGGAGGCUAAGCGUAGUCAGGAGACGGCAGAAGUUUCGACCAAGAAUGGCGAGACACAAAUUGAUCAUCAGGAUGGUUUUGGCGGUUGCACCUGCGUGGACGCUGGAACCACGCCAACAAACUUUCCCAAGCCACCAUAUGUCGACUCGGGUGUCUCAGUUGGGCCCAAGUCCUUUGGCGACACAGCCCUCCAGACCGACGGGGCUUCCAACAACAGUACUGACGCUGCCACAGGUACCAAUCGAUUCGGCUGGACGCCAGUAAAACGCUCCACUUCUCUCGCCGAUCUAAAGUCAGCCGGUACCCAGUCUGCGGCUAAACGACGUCAGGGAAUGCAAUCAUCGGAUAGAGGGCGGGGAGAUUCAGUGCUUACUCAAACGGGUGCUGGGGGUAUGUACUUGGUUACCCCUACGUACAAACUUGUACUUUUCUUCCAUUGCCCGCGAACUCGGAUGGUUGUUUCCAAAGGACAAAAAAAAAUCCCUUAUAACUACACACUUUAG